CGUGGACGCGCACUGGGCAGCCCCUCGGCAGUACGGCACCACCGCGGCUAAGUGGCAGUGACGGGCGGAAAGCGGACGGAGCCCCCCUCCCAGCGGUCGCCAUGGCGCUGGCGGAGCUCUACACACAGUAUAACCGGGUGUGGAUCCCUGAUACAGAUGAAGUCUGGAAAUCUGCUGAGAUCACAAAGGACUUGAAGAUAGGGGACAAUGUGCUUCAUUUGCGCUUGGAAGAUGGAUCUAACUUGAAAUAUUUGAUAGAGAAAGGUCUACCUCCUCUUAGAAAUCCAGACAUUCUUGUAGGAGAAAAUGACCUCACCGCUCUCAGUUAUUUGCACGAGCCUGCUGUCCUGCACAACCUUAAAGUGCGAUUUAUGGAGUCUAAACUUAUCUACACAUACAGUGGUAUUAUUCUAGUUGCAAUAAAUCCAUAUAAAGAACUACCCAUUUAUGGAGAUGCAAUCAUCCAUGCAUACAGUGGGCAGAAUAUGGGUGACAUGGAUCCCCAUAUAUUUGCUGUGGCAGAAGAAGCAUACAAACAAAUGGCCAGGAACAAUAGGAACCAGUCCAUCAUUGUGAGCGGAGAGUCUGGAGCUGGGAAGACAGUGUCUGCGAGGUAUGCCAUGCGUUACUUUGCCACCGUCAGUAAAUCAAGCAGCAAAGCCAAUAUGGAAGAUAGGGUGCUGGCGUCCAAUCCAAUAACUGAGGCAAUAGGAAAUGCAAAAACCACCAGAAAUGAUAACAGCAGUCGCUUUGGAAAAUAUACAGAAAUCAGUUUUGACAGAAGGUACCAGAUAAUUGGUGCAAACCUGAGAACUUACCUCCUUGAAAAAUCUAGGGUUGUAUUUCAGUCUGAAAAUGAGAGAAAUUAUCACAUAUUUUAUCAACUCUGUGCAUCUGCUUCCCAGCCUGAGUUCAAGAACUUUUACCUAAUGAGUGCAGAGAAUUUCAACUACACAAAUAUGGGCAGUUGCACAGUGAUUGAAGGAGUUGAUGACAGAAGAGAUAUGAUAGACACUCAAAAAACAUUUAAACUUCUAGAUGGAUAUCUUCAAAGUUCUGGCGGCAAUCCUGCAUUUGGGAAAUGUAGAGAUCAAGCGUGUUAGUGAUGACAAGUCUUCAGUUGCUAGAAAUAACCGGCACCUUCAGAUAUUCUGUGAGCUCUUAAACCUGGACACAGAGAAAGUGGCACAAUGGCUGUGCAAUAGGAAAAUCGUCACUACUGCCGACACUGUCAUCAAACCCAUGACAAAGUAUCAAUCUG